ACUCAGCAUGAAAAUUUUUGGCUCCACCGCUCAAGUUAGCAAGUCUCGAGAGUCGCGAAUAUUGAUCUUUGGUCUGCCGAUCAUCACUAGUUGACAGUUGCUAGUUACAUGCAGUUACAUGCGUUUUCCGAUUGUAAUUUUUAAGUCUUUUACUGUAUAUAAACCUAAAACCGUAUUUGGUGCAUAAUGUUCUUAAUAUUUUUCGUAGUUCUGAGUAAUUCUAGUAAAUAGUAAUUGGUGUAUGUGUUUAAAAAGCGUUGUAUAAGUAUAAUUUUUGUCUUUAUAAUGGCGGAUAAAAACGAAAACAUUUCGGAAGAGGGAGCAGGUGAGGAUGUUCCGAGUAAUUUUUUCGACGAUUUUGAUAAAGACGAGUUUUUGGAAGGCCUGGAAGUGAUUGAUAGCUUACACGAGGACGAUGAAAAGGAGCCAGAAAGUAGUAACAAGCAGGACACGAAUCGCCGGUCGGCCAGCAGCACCCGGCUCGACGAGUACAUUAAGCCUGGCAGUCGGCGCGACCCAGAGAAGACUAAUGCGGCCAUCCUUCGGGACAAGGAAGUUAAAGUGAAAGAGCAUUUGGCGAAGCACUUGGAAUCACAAGAUGAUCUCCGUCCACCAGGUACCGAGCUCGAUGAUUAUUUUGACGACGCACGUUCUUCAAAAAUAAAAAAAGAUAACCCUAAAAAUGAAGAACUGGAGGAGCCCUGGUCAGGUCCAAAGGAGCAUGAAUAUCACGAACCGCCACGGUGGCGAAGUCCACAAAUGCACGUACCGUGGCGCGGACAUCGUGAGCCGUGGCGCAGCUCCCAUGGGAGCGCACGAUACCAUUCAUAUUAUUCAAGGCAUGGUUACAGACGCAGUCCUGGCCAUAGUCCUCGACGAAGCCCUCAAUAUUCUUCGCGACGAAGUCCUUAUUACAGGUCACGCCAUAGCCCUAGGCGCAGUCCACGAAGAAGCCCCCGCUUCAGCCCAAGACGAGUUUCGAAGCGCAGCCCGCGACGUAGUCCAAGGAACAGCCCUUCAAGAAGUUCUAGAACCAGUCCAGGGCGAAGAUAUAGCCCUCAACGAAACCAUAGGCGCAGUCCACAUCGAAGUCCAAGAUACAGGUCGCAGCAAGACAAAAGGGGCUCACCACGAAGUCCAAGAAAGCAUUCACCGUCGCAGCAUAAACCUCAUUGGAACCCGAGGCACAGUCCUCAGGCCGUUUCUCACAGUGAUAAUUACAUGUUACAGCCUGACCUUAAUACUUACAACCCACAAUAUAUUGAGCAACAAUAUAAUCCUGAUAUCUCUACCAUGAGUACACAAUAUCCAUAUAUCUAUGGUGAAUCCUAUAACCCUUAUGCUGUCCAACCUGUUCCACCUAGCAUGUCCAUGUCACAGUCAGUGCCAAUGUUGAUGAACCCUGCUCCUACACCCGUGGCUGACCCCUCAACCAUGAUGGUGCAGCCAAAUCCCGUUCCAAAUUAUAGUGUACCAGAACCAGUGCAGAUGGUUCCACCACCUAUGACAUCGCCUGUUAUAUCUCAAGCAACUACAUUACCAAACCCAAUGCAGCCUAUACAAGGGGCGAAAGCACCGCAUGAUGCAUUAGCACAAUUAGUGGCGGAUGGCAAGUUAUCUAAGGAAGACUAUUUGAAACUUACACCAAGCAUUAAAGGUGGUAACAGUUUGAUGGAUGACAAAACAAGAAUUACUGUGUUGACUCGGUGCAGCCAAGCCGCGGAAAAGUUGAACAAGUUGAGAAAUCCUUUUCGAUUCAUGAUUGAAAAAAAAAAUGUCAAUAAUGAAAUGCUUUGUUUACCUGAGAAGUAUACUUCGCCACUGAAAAGGCAAGCACCUGUCGAGUUUGAAUUUACCAAGCCAGCAGACCAGAGCGGUACCCAGAACAAACGGCUGAUCAACAACAUUAUUACAACAAUCGGACUUGAAAAGGCUUUUAGAAAAACUAAAAUCUCAAAAGAUGUGAAAAGCGUGGGAGUUCAAACAACGAAGCCCUACUGUGAUAUGUGUGAGAUUCGAGAUUCUAGAAUAAAGUGCGACGUGGGUGUUUCAACUGAGGCUCUCAUCCUGACAAACACCGUGCAUACUCAAGUUGUGGAGCAAGAUUUGUUGAGUUCUAAAGCAAUAUUCAACCCGCGCGGAAGUGUUGGGGACAGUGCACCUAUAUCCAUAGCUCAUCUGACGCCAGCGCAGUUAGUGUCGCAGCUAGCAGCUCGGGCGAAGACUUUUCAACAAGCCGAACCACCGUCGACAUCUAACCAGUACCCGAGACGGACUCAACCGAACUCUUACGACGGCAGGGGCGGUGGUCCUCAGUACCAUCCGAAGUACCAGUAUCGUUAUUAGUUUAAGGGUGAUGUUUUUAUGUAGCUAAAAUUAUGUACUGAAUGAAAUCGCAUGCUUGCUGUAUUAUUAGAACAAUAGAUUUUAACACAUUUUAAAUAAAAGUUUCUACAGAACCUCAAUUAAGUGUUUAAGGGACAUACUUUAAUGUGUUUUAUUUUUCUUAUUGUCUGCCAUUUAACCAAUAACUUUUGUUAGAUUUAUUUAUGUGUGUAGUAGAUUUAUUAGUGUUGUCGCUAAUCCCGGGGAAUAAAAACGUAAGAUUCAUAGAAAUUUUUAUCCCUUUUUGUUUUUUUGUUAACUAGGCGUUCAACCUACACGGAGAUUCACUAUGUAAUAUUUUCUAACUGGAGUCGGUGCAGAAAUAAAAAUAUUAUUGCGUCUAUUAUCCAGGCGAAUGUUCAACGAGUUACGACUGUUGUUUGAAGAUUUUGUUUUUAUUAUAAUUAACAAUGUCAAUUUAUGUUCAUUUAAAGUUUGAGCAAAAAUCAGCCGUUAGUUAUCUACCAAAUUUAUAAUUUCCAAUUUGUAAGAAUUGAAUUAUGUUUCAAAUGCACACACUAAAUCACCAAGAACAUUAUGUUUUUACUAUCCGUCAAAGACAUGACAAGACGUGGUGUCACAUGGUAUUGUUCGGAACGUUUUUUUCUUUGGUUCGCUGAAAUGUGAACAAUAACUACCCACUUUUCAAAUAUAUUUUUUCGUGGAACUAUGUAACUGGUUCACUAGUUAGACAACCGUAUAUGCAUAUAUUCUAUGGUAAACUUAUAUAGGUUUUACAGAGUUACACGAGUCACGACAUAAACCAAAUGAAAUAUUUUAAUAAUUGAUAGAUGGAUAGACAAUAAUUGUUUAUGCAUAUUUCUAGACGUAAGAUAGUGAAUAACUAGUCUGUAAUGUUAUAUUUACUAGAGCAUUCAGGAUUGAACUAACUACCAACUUGACUAUACGACAUGAAUAGGACUUGCAAAACCUGAAGUGAAGGCUACUUUAGAACACGCGAAAGUAAGUAACUGCUGCAGAACAAGCCGGCUCUGAUGGCAUCGGACCACGAUGUAAAUUGUUCGUCUGAAGAAUGUUUAAGAAAAUCUGAAAAUUGAAGCUUGUAAGAAAAUAAAUAAUGUUGAAGAUUGUUUUCCAAGACUUGUAGCUGUUUCUACACAAGUGGUCGUUGGAAUCAGCAUGUUACCACCAUAUGAUGUCUAACUAGGUGUACAUUUAUAAUUGGAUGUUCAAUUAUCUGUAUCUGUAAUAUUCUUGCUCUGUGUCUCACUGAGAAGGGCAUAGAACUAUUACAAAAUCUUUAGUAUAUACCUAAUAUAUUUGGCUGAUAUUAACA